CGCCGGCGCCGCCUCGAGGGGUAGAUGAUGAAGGUAACAAGAUAGCUAGCUACAACAAGGAGAGCGAGGAUAUCUCAACGAUAGUGAUGCACCGGUCCAGAUCUCGGGGGGCUGAACUUUGGGAAAAGAGAUGCAGGUGCAGUGCAAAGUUGGUUGUGUUCCAGCGCAAGUAUUUUGACGACAAAUACGUCGAUUUUCAGGGCGGGGAAGGAGGGGCUCGUCGCUGUUUGUGGGUGCUCGGGCAGGUCAAGGUCAAGGUGCGGGUGAGGGUGUGGUUCAAGGUCCAGCCCAGCGUGAUGUGCACACUACCGAUCUAUGGUGGAGACUAUUUGUGCAAGCAAGGGUUACUUAAAGUCUCCUUACGCGUAUGGUGUGUGUUCGCGUGCCGCGUCAGGGCCAUGAGCCGCCGCCACCUUUUGAAUGAGCGGCCAGCUGGUUACCUGUUCUCAUGUGGCUCUUCUUUUUUAUGCAUACCAUACUCGCACUGGGGCGCGGGAGAGACUUAUGCGCCAGCUCUUGUUUUGGCGGUGGGUCGCAUGCUGAAAUUUUGCCUGGGUCUGGGUCUGGGUCUGCAGCUUGCAACUGCUGUGAGGUCAUUGAACUCUUGGAGAGACGAACAGACACACACACAGAGAGAGAGAGGGAGAUAGAGAGGGAAAGAAAGAGACUGAACCCAAGGCGCACGUACUGCGAAAAAAGUAAGAAAGGAUCUUGAGGCUCGGCCGAGUCCCAAGCUCCCCGAGGGGCAACUCAGCCGAACUCGGAACAACCCGCCCCGUCUAUACCUAUGGGCUUGGAAGGCCACACGCUGGUCGUACCGUUAUGACAGCUAUACCAUGCGAGUGCUGAGUGAAUGGCCUCAUUUUUGAACACCACUAGCAGUGGGUUCAUUCACCGCUGCGUUAUGGAUACUCGAGUUCCUCUGAGUGAUGAAGAGGAGUCUUGUCAUGUAACUUGUCCAGCAGAUAUCACAACGAAGUAAGGCCCUCUGAGUCACCUAUCAAUCACAGGGUUUCAAAAU